AGAGCCAAUCCGCGGCGGGGUGUAAAGUAGGGCAAGCCGCUUCCUGGUUCAAGGAGGAGCUGCCUGGAGUUGGAAUGGGCCAGCGGAGUCAGAGGGGGAGAACAGCCCAGCGAGCCGGCGGUCUGCAAAGAGAGAGCCAAGGCAGGGGGGUAUAAAGGCCGGCAGAGAGACAAGAAGAGGCGGAUAUUACAGAGAACUCCCGGGCGAUACGUGGUUUGUCAGAGGGACUGGUGUGAGAUUUUGGACAGUGCGGAGAGAGCGGUGACCCCCGGGGAGCGACGAGGGGGGAGAGAGGCGGGUGGGAGUGAAUCCAGGAAGUACAGAAGCCGGUCAGGUGGGACGCGACGAGAUAACAUAGGUGACACCGGCGCACAGCUUUGUAUCCCUGGAAACCUUUUGGCUCUGCUGGAGAAGAACAGAAACAGGAAGAAGUGGAAAAUAGAGAGGGAGGAAGAGAGCAGGGACCCGUCCUCCUCUGAGUUUAUGGACUGGAGGUGGCGAUGUCUCCAGGAGAGGACGGUCUGAUCGGGAUCCCCUUCCCAGAGCACAGCAGCGAGAUCCUGUUCCGCCUUAACGCCCAGCGCAGGGCGGGGCUACUCUGUGACCUCACCCUGACCUCGCGUGGUGCCCGCUACCCCACCCACCGCUCCGUCAUGGCUGCCGUCAGCCUCUACUUCCGCGGGCUGUUUGGGGCGGAGGAGGGGGCCGAGGCAGGGGGUGAGGCGGGGGGAGGAGGAGGUUUCAGUGUGUGCCAGCUGGACUGUGUAGCGCCCGAUGCCCUGGAUGCCCUGCUGGAGUUUGCCUACACGGCCACCCUGACCAUCCGCAGCUCUGGCAUGAGAGACGUGUUGAGAGGAGCUCAGUUACUGGGGAUCCAGUGUGUGGUUGAUGCCUGUAGAGACAUACUGGGGGAGACGGCGGGGGAGGUGGAGUGGGAGACGGGGGAGGAGAGGGUACAGGCGGAGAGGGAGAGAAGGGUGGAGAGGGGGAUGAAGAAAGGCUCCCGGAGGAAGAUAGACAGACGGAGAGUCACCAAGGUGGAGUCAUCGCACCACCAACCACUGCCUCAUCGCCCGAACAUCAACACACACCAGCACCCCUCCACUCCUCCUCCACACCCCUCACCUGUUCAAGACGGGGCCCACUCUCAUCCCUCCACCCGACCCCCCACCCCUGAGCAGGAUGAACACCCCCCCACCACGGGACAGAACGGGGAGAGGAAGCAGGGCAGGGAUGCAGGGAGAGGGAGUACAGCAGUCAAUGGAGGGGUGCACUGGCCUCAGGAGCGACUUCUCGCCCACCACCCCCCUCUCCCCCUCUCAGACGACAGGCUGUCAGAAGACGAGGAGGAGAUGGAGGGAGUGGGGAACGGUGGGGUGCCCAGCUUUAAUUCCGCCCCCCUGGCAGAGCAAGGGGUGGCCACGGGGGCAGGAGGAGGGGGUAGGAAGAGGAAGUCUCAGACCCCCCAGCAGUGUCCUGUCUGUCAGAAGAUCAUCCAUGGAGCAGGGAAGCUGCCCAGACACAUGAGAACACACACCGGGGAGAAACCAUUCGAGUGCUCUACCUGCGGGGUCCGCUUUACCAGGAAUGACAAGUUGAAGAUCCACAUGCGUAAACACACAGGGGAGCGUCCGUACCCUUGCCCCCACUGCCCCGCCCGCUUCCUGCAUUCCUACGACCUGAAGAACCACUUGUCUCUCCAUAGCGGGGCACGCCCCUUCGAGUGCCCGCUCUGCCACAAGGCCUUCGCCCGCGAGGACCACCUCCAGCGCCACCGCAAGGGCCUCAGCUGCCUGGAGGUCCGUACCCGGGCACGGCCGAGGCGCGGGCCUGGGGCUGACCACGGGGAAGAGGGCAGAAGGGCUAGAGGAGGAGGAAGAGGGUAUUCUCCAGACCAACUCGACCCGCUGGAGAAUCUGGCCCUGCAGCCCCACGUCUCAGCAUUCCACCCCCGUGUUGGAAUGGUUGGCCUAGGGGAUGGGGCUGAGGCUGGGGCUGGAGGUCAAAUGGUGUUCCAGGAGGAGGCUGACAGGGAGCAAGCUAUAGCCCUCCUAGGGCCUCACAGGUUACCCUACCCUGGUCUGCUGUGGAGAGGCCUGGAGCUGGGGGUGAGAGGGGUGGAGGGGGAGGCAGAGGCAGAGGAGGAUGAGGAAGACGAGUGAGAAGAGAGGAAGAGAAGAGCGUGCAUGGAUGUGUAUGCGUGUGCAUGUGUUUGUGUGCGCGUAUAUGCAUUUGCAUAUGCAUAAGUGUGUGUGUGUGUGGCACCCACAGUAUGGAUGGGGAUCUCACUCAGGUGACUGGACCUGCUCCUUCUUACAAAGCGCUUAGAGAAAGACUAAACGAUAGAGAAAGACUAAACGAUACAAAAAGAAUAAUGGAAAACGGGUUUUCUGAUUUGUUAUUGUUGUUCCAUGGCUCUCUGUUUUUAUUUCAGUUGUCUUUUAUUUAUAUUUUCCAUUAUUUCUAUUUUAUUUCAUGCUGUGGUUAUUCUAAUUAGCGGUACAUAAAAAGGGGCUUUAUUGAGGGAAUGUUUUGAGCAUAGAUGUGCUGAUGGGGAUAUGGGGUUCUUUUCUCGCACUAUGCAAACUGAAGUCAGGAGCUGAGAAACAUGAGGUGUCCAGAUGUAAAAAAGAAGAUAAAACAAAUCAUGUAUUUUUGAGCAGAGUUCUGUUAGAGUAAUAUAACGAUCAAAUGUUAUUGAAGUUCAAACAACGCAUGUACAACAUCCAUCUGGGCCUACUUUCUUGUCACUAUACUAGCACUCUCAGCGGGGUAGUAAGAAACCGGAAUCAUCCGGUUUUCAGUGGAAAAGCAGAGAAGACACAAAGCCUGAAAACCGGUAGCUUCCGGUUCCUUCUGACACACUCAGGCGUUUGUUUUACGCCUGCUAAGUUAGGUAAGUAUAGUAGUAGGUGUGGAAUCUGCUGUUUCACUUUGGGUGUACUGUACUACCCUCUAGUGGUUAUUGGUGGUGCUAGUCGCCAAGGGCAACAAGUCACACAGGUUUCCUAUUGAAGAUAGCCAUUAUCUAACAGUAACACUCUUAUUUUAAGGCGUAUUAUUUUGUUGUCUGUUGUAAGAAGAUUUUCAUGCCCUUUUAUGAGGCACUGAUGAUACCAAAGAUUUCAGUUUAUUUCUUCCUAAUCAAUCAGUUUGAUCAAGCACAGGAGCACCAGAGCUAUAGAUUGAGAUCCCAAUGGGCACGCACUGGUUGAAUCAUUGUUGGUUCCACGUCAUUUCAAUGAAAUUACAUUAAACCAACGUGGAAUAGACAUUGAAUUGAUGUCUGUGCCCAGUGGGAUGGCUCUAAGGGUAUCCUGGGAUUUUAGAGCCAAGGUUUGGUUAAAAGACCUGUCUUCAUUUGCCCGGUUCUCCGCUGCAGAGUGCUAGAAGGGUUGGAGACUGCUUCCAUAGGUUAGAUUCUCUGUGGAGCUCUAGUGCUCUGUGAAAAAUGCUGACCAAAACUAGACUACAUCUGCAGGGUCAUUGGAUGAUUGUUAAUGAGAGGUGUGUGUUUGUUGCUUUAGCGUUUACUUUUUGACAUCGACAGGGGACAAUUCCUUUUCAAAGUUUCCUUCUUUAGAAUGUCUUCUGAUCAUGCACUCCUUGUUUUUUGUUGAUUGCAAAAAGAGCGAGAGAAAAGGAGAGACCAAGAGGGAAGGAGUGAGGGAGAGAAAAGGAGGGAGUGAGGGAGAGACCUUGAUCUCUUGAUUGCUCUGUAUUUAUUUAUUUAUUUAUUGUUAUUUAUUGUGGCUUUCCAGUUGAAACUGUGUGUGUGACCUGACUCAGGGUGUCCACAGUGACCUGACCCAGGGUGUCCACAGUGACCUGACCCAGGGUGUCCACAGUGACCUGACCCAGGGUAUCCACAGUGAUCUGACCCUGGGUUUGACACAGUGACCCGCAAUACCACUCGGCUUGGUCCCCUUCUAGCACAGUUGAAGUGCUUCGUACCUGCUUCCUUUUGAGUCUUAAGAGAAACUGCAUUGUGCUUAAAGUGACGGCUAACAAAGACCCGUACACCCAGUGCCAUGUUGGGUGAUAGGUCCUCUGUUGGCUAUUCUUUCUCCUUUUGCAUUUGUUUUGCACAACACAUCACACCCUGAAAAGGUACUGCAAUAAUACUGGCACAUUCCAUCCUCUGGGGUAGAAAGAAGGGAUCAGAAAAGAGAGAGGGAAAAGAGACAGACUGAGCCUUUCUCUCUCUCUUUAGAGCACAAGACAACUGUCGCACCACCCGUAGCCGUUUCACACUUUCAGUUAAAGAGAUAAGCAUCAACUGCACUUAGGGAGAGAACUGUGUUGUUAAUUCAACAUGUACUCUAUGUUAUUGUGUAAUCUGUCAAAGCUGUGUGUAUAAGUCACAGAUAGGCCCUUAGGGGGCCUGUCUCUAGGAGACCAGCGGCCAUCUUGGGUGGCCCAUUGCAGGAAUAAGGCUACUUUGCUUACAAAUAAUCAACUAUUUCUUCAAAGUCUGUCACUCUUUAGGUGAUAGUGAGUUAUGUUCUUUAUUUACAACUAUUUACGAGGGCUGUAACUCUAGCCUGAAGCUUAUGUAGCUCUAGCAGACUGGACCUGUGUGUGCUAUCCAUUCCACGCUAUGUCGAAGAACUUUCCUUGUUUCUGAUUUAUUUGCACUAAAAUAUUGAGAGCUUUUAUGUUUUUUUGUUUCACCUCCUUAUCCAUUCCAUGACGUCACUCAGUAUCGUUUAUGAUUGUAAGAGAAGAUAUCAAUAUAUUGUUCCUUCAAUUCUUGAUAAUAACAUAUAUUCUUUCUACUGCAUAGUGUAAUAAUAAUAAUAAGAGAUUGCUAUGUAAAGGGGUGAAGCUGCCUUGGACUUUUGUUUUGUUUUUGUGCUCCAACUAUUCUCAGGAAAUCUUGAGCAAUCCACUAAGUAAUUAUGCAAAAUUGUGGGGGAGAUAUGCUGUGUAUAUAUGUAGCCUAUGUAUGUUCAUACAUGUGUCUGAAGAGGUAGUGACACCUUUCACUCAAAAGUACGGUUCCAAUAUAACACCUUGUACCACAUGACUAUGAGGAAGUAGGAUAAAAGCAAAUAUCCAUUUGUAUGGUAAAACAUGUACAAUGUAGUGUACAUCAAUUGAAACCAGCCAGUCACACACAUUGUGCUGAAAGGUUUUUUGUGCUGAGGGGUGUUGCUACCAGCAUUUAGAGAGCUUGGUGAGUGAAUGAGAGGGAAACAUUAUGCCAGCUGUGAAGCGUGGUGUUUCUAUGGAACUUUAUGUCGUUUUAUUUGGCUUUGGUGAAGGGAUCUGGGGUCUGUUUUGAAUAGAGACCCCACUAUCAGGGAUACAUUUUUGUCUUUCCGUUUUUAGUGGACCUUCUGUCAGAGAUAUGAAUUAAUUUCCCCAUCAUUUGUUUCAGAUAAUGUAAAGAAAACAAAUAAAUAA